AUGACGGACAUCAUCAGAGCGAGGCCGCCUCAGACUUCAUUUGUGCCAAAUGCAUGUGCUUCAUUCACAUCCACACCAGACGCGUACACAGUUUACCAUAUCUCCACUGUCUUGCGAAGCUCCCAGAUCCAUUCUCUGACAGACAAUGCCUCCUCCUACACACGCUGGCGUUCCCCUCCGCUGCCACGUCGCCCCUCGGCUUCAGUCACCUCUCCGCCAGUCUCUGACACUUCACUUUCUCGUAGUUCUGCCAGUGCUGCCUGCAGACUGGCCACUUUCUCCCUCGCCAAACUCACCUUGCAUUCCGUUCGUCUCCUCUGGCCCUGUCUGUCUGUCUGUAUGUCUGUCUGUGUGUCUGUUUCCUCACCUCUCUACCCUCGCGUCCCACGACUCUCCGUUUCACAUCACAUCACAUCACAUCACAUCACAUCACAUCAUAUCAUUCAUCUUUUUCUACAACUCCACCCUCGGCCAGUACUUGCUCGUUUCUCUUUCGUCUCCGCUUGCCUACCCUCAAUGGCGAGUCGUCUGCUCCUCAUCGCCCAGCUUCCUCGAGGCUGUUGCCAUGUUGAGGCCAAUCAGGCCUCGAGAGCCGCCUUCGAAGCGGUGCAACAAGUCGGUGGUCUGCCAUACGUUUUCGGUACAAACAGCUUGGUAACCCUGGCAACCGAGACAGCCGCGCACAGAAGCGCUGGUACUCGUUUGGCCCUAUUUGCUGGUGAUGAGGUUUUGCUGCGACCCUGCCAGGCCAGGGUAUCUGGCUGCCUCGUGGAAGAGGUUGAGAGAAAGCAUUUUCUGAUCGGUUUGUCGGUCUGGAAGACGAUUCGGAGCCUUCAAUGGGCACCAAUAAAAUGGUCAACGUACGGACUCAGACUGCGUCUGUCGAAGAGACAUUUGUGGGUCUUUGGAAGUCGUCCGGCCGACUAG